UUCUCUCCAUUGGCGAUAGGACGAUGCCUAUCUUGCUACAUUCCUCGCCUUGCUCGAGCAGAGGUAGUGGUGGCUCUCAAAUUUCUUUGAGGGCUUUGGAUGGCUUUCACAAUCUCGCCAAGUUUGAGCCCAAAAGGAGCAGUGGCAAGCGCAUUGUUUGCCAGGGCGAGCAGCAGACUAGGCGUGUGCUGGUUUUGGAAACAAUCUCAAUUGCGGGAGCUACAAUGUUGGCUGCGGGGAAUGCCAAUGCAAUAUCAAGCAGCCGGAGAGCAUUGAGGUCGGAGCAAGUUCCUGAGAGCGAUUAUACAACACUUCCAAAUGGACUCAAGUAUUAUGAUGUAAAAGUUGGAGGUGGGAAUCCUGCGGUUAAAGGAUCACGAGUUGCGAUCCAUUAUGUUGCCAAAUGGAAGGGAAUAACAUUCAUGACUAGUCGUCAAGGAAUGGGUGUUACAGGUGGAACGCCCUAUGGUUUUGAUGUUGGAUCAUCUGACCAGGGACUAGUGCUUAAAGGCCUUGAUUUGGGAGUCCAAGGAAUGAGAGUUGGAGGAGUGCGCUUGCUUAUUGUUCCACCUGAACUAGCCUAUGGAGACAAAGGAAUUCAGGAGAUUCCUCCAAAUGCAACACUCAAGUUUAAUGUUGAGCUUUUAAGCAUUAAGCAAUCUCCUUUUGGCACUGGUGUCAAAAUUAUUGAGGGGUGAUUUUAUAACAAAUUAUUUAUUCAUUAAGAACAUUGAAUUGUUUAUAUAAAUAUGUAUUUUGUAUCAAUUUAUAUAAUUUCAAGCUUCCGAUUCAACAA